AUGAGCGACGCCUACGAACGUGAGCAGCAAAACAAUGCGCUUCUGAACUCUCUCUCGUCCAAGGUCUCCGCGCUCCGACACGUGACUAUCGACAUUCAUGAUAAUGCCCGGGAUCAAGACUCUCUCGAUAACUCGAACGAUGUCUUCUCUUCCAUGACAACGAACCUGAAAGGCAGCGCAUCCCGGCUGACAAGGAUGGCGAAACAAGGCGACACGGUGGCGGUCCUCAAGAUUGCAGGCAUGGUUAUUGGAGCCGGUGUCCUGCUCUACAUCAUCUUGGGCUGGAUUUUUUAG